CUUGCUGGCGAAGUUGGGGAUGCAGUUCGUAUAUGGGAUACCGCAGACUGGAAAACACUCGCGCUUGUUCCAGGGAAAGGCCUUCCACUUGGAAUAUAUUCCUCACCGUUUACUCCGGAUAGUCGUUGCCUCGCUUUGCGCCAAUUCUUUCCAGAUACGAGAAGGAGUCAACUGGACGUUUUUGACAUCACCACUCAACCAUUAACUCCUCUUUUCGCAGUGGACUGCACCAGCAUGGGCAUCAACUUCUCACCCGAUGGUCAACAUUUGGUUUUGCAGAACAGUGACGAGAUCCAGUUGUGGACCAUUUCAACACGGCGCAAGACUUACGCGUUCAAGGGGUCCGGCUUGACAACGUCGCUCGACGGCCGUUACGUAGUUUCCCGUUUAGAUGAGAACCCUAUAACCAUCUGGGACAUCAUAACCCGGACAACUACCCAUUUCCAUCACGCAGGCAUGAAGCCAGGAUACUUUGAAUUUUCACCAAAUAGUCGUUAUCUCGCUGCUAGGACAGAUGAUACCGUCCACAUCUGGGACGUUCAGGACCCUGAUCAAGGUGUCCACCUCAAAUUGUCCUUAUCGGCAUUGGGGAUUGUCGAUGGAUACGACUUCUCGUUCUCACCUGACGGCGGUUACCUGGUUUUCUUUGGUUCCACGUCGCAGUUAAUAGUAGAAGUGCCGAUUUGGACCGACACAGCUGAUUGGGAAGGGCACUGCUACGAGGUAGAAUGUGUGCGAUUUUCGCCUGAUGGAAAGCGGCUGGUUUCAGCCUGUGUAAACGAAGUCCAUGUUUGGGACACCUCACUCUGGACGAGCAUCUACCGCCUUGAUGCGUUCACUGUUGACUUUUCAAAUGACGGAGAGGAAUUGCAAGACCCCCUGCAAUGGAUCUCAACUGAUAUCCCCAUUUACCCGCCACCACGGAUGCCGGUUUUCUUAAGCCGAGAUAGGCGGAGUCUGUGUGCCGUGAAAGGAGAAAGAACCAUUCACCUUUGUUGGCUACCCGAUUGGUUCGAAACUAGCACCGAUAUCGCGCAGUAUGAAGAAUUGGUGUGUCUAGGAGGUGAAAAGGGGGAAGUUCUAUUCUUGGACAUCUCUGGCUUUGAAAUGCCCGACAUUUGAUCUAGUCCCGAUUGCUAUAUGGCUAUUCCCAGUAUUUUCCAGCAGGCGAAUCGUCCACUCCAUCUCCAUCCUGGAUAACCUAUGGGCCGAGCCUCAUUAGGUGACGAC